AUGGCACCUAGGGAGAUAGAAGAGUUCAAGGCUCAAUUGGAGGAGAUGUUAGAAAUAGGGUAUAUUAGGCCUAGUGUAUCACCAUGGGGAGCACCCCUUUACGUACACGAUAUGGACAUUUUGGAUUUAUCGAAAACAACUUUACAGACGACUUAUUUGAUCAGUCAAAAGAAGCGGGUUAAUAAAUCCUCCAAUCGCGUUUAUGGGACUUAUGAAUCAGGUGUCAGAGCCUAUUUAGAUAAGUUUGUAGUCGUUUCUAUUAAUGAUAUCUUGGUGUACUCUAAGCAUAGGUGUGAGCAUGUGGAACAUUUGCGUGUGGUACUGCAAGUUUUAAGAGAAAAUAGUCUAUAUGAAAAGUUGUCUGAUUGUGAAUUUUGGUUAGAGAAGGUAUUGUUUUUAGGACAUUUUGUGUCAAGGGAGGAAAUUUCUGUUGAUCCUACUAAGAUCGAGGCCGUCCGUAAUUGGGUUGCACCUAAAAAUGUUACAGAGGUAAGGAGUUUCUUGGAUUUGGCUGGUUAUUAUAGGAGAUUUGUUAAGGAUUUUUCUCGCAUUGCACGACUUAUGACAUCAUUAAUGAAGAAAGAAAAGAAGUUUGAAUUGCCUGAGGAAUGUGAAAGGGCUUUUCAAACCUUAAAAGAACAUCUAACUUUUGUACCUGUUUUAGCAUUAUCUGAUCAUUCUCUAGAUUAUGCAAUGUAUAGCGACGCCUCUCAAAAUGGGUUAGGGUAUGUGCUUAUGUAA